AUGAAUGGACCUUCUGCGAGGGCUUUGCGUGAGGGCGGCAUCGGUGGGUCCAUCCCCUACAAGGUUGGAGUCACGUUGCAGGUGAAGCCCAAAGACACUGGGCCCAUUCCCAAGGAGUGGCUCAAGAAGACGACCCUCCAGGCGCCUUUCGGAGACUAUGGCCAGAUCCUGCGCAUCGACGUGUCAGAGACGCAGCGGUGUGCCUAUGUGGAGUAUGAGGAUCCCAGGGACGCACAGGACGCCCAGAAGGACCUCGACGGUAAGCGGAUUGCGGGCAAGGAGGUCUCCGUGCUCUUGGCGGGCCAGACUCCGAACCGAAGACCUGGCAGCAGUCAGGUACCUGUCGGGCCGCCCGGGCGGGCCGUGGAUAUCGAGCAAAGAGUGGCAGAGAUGGCAAUGAAGCAUUUCCUAGACGAAGCAGCCGCUGCCCGUCUGGCAAGUGUGUUCCAGGAUCGCUCCCGCCUCGGGUGCGAUCUGGUGCGGGACUUUCAGGACCUCGAUGAGCACCUCUCAGCCUCCAACAAGCCCUCGGCGCUUGUGAGCAUGAAGCUCUCGGAGCUCAGAUCCGGCCGGCCUAUUGGUCCAUGCAAAUACCAGGGUGGCAAGCGGCGAGACAUUGGGGAUGCUAUCGACCCCGAGAUUCGUGCCGGAUAUCAGAGCAGCAAGUACUUCGGAGAGAGAGGCGACGAAAGGGAACCGGGGCGCCGGGAAAUCCGUGACCGUGAUGGGGAGCGAGAACGGAGCGAGCGUCGGGAGCGUGACAGGGGGAAAGACAAGGAGCGAAGCAGGCGUGGAUCCGAGGAUGCGCGGCGCAGAAGAUGA